CAAACGUCAAACGAUUCUGUUUGUCACUGUCAGAUAGCGGCUUGUUUUGGUUUUGAAUGAUUGGCAACUAAUUCUCCUUAACACAUUUUGUGAAGAUUUUUAGCCCUUUAAGUGGAUUCUUUGCACGGAUUCUUCAAUUAUUAACAAUGUUUCUUACAAGAAGUGAAUACGACCGUGGUGUAAACACGUUCUCCCCUGAGGGCCGUCUGUUUCAAGUCGAAUAUGCCAUCGAGGCGAUUAAACUGGGGUCCACAGCUAUUGGCAUCAGUACUAAUCAAGGGGUGGUACUGGCUGUUGAAAAAAGAAUCACAUCGAAUUUAAUGGAACCCACCACUAUUGAGAAGAUUGUGGAGGUUGAUAAGCAUAUUGGCUGCGCAGUUUCGGGGCUAAUAGCUGAUUCUAGGACCAUGAUCGAACGGGCUCGUAUGGAAUGCCAGAAUCAUUGGUUUGUUUACAACGAAAACAUGAGCGUAGAAUCGUGCGCUCAGGCAGUUUCAAACCUGGCCAUCCAAUUUGGGGACUCUGAUGAUGACGGGGCUGCCAUGUCGAGGCCUUUUGGGGUAGCAAUUCUCUUUGCGGGCAUUGAUGAAAAAGGCCCCCAACUUUACCACAUGGACCCUUCCGGCACUUUUGUUCAGUUCGAUGCGAAAGCCAUCGGGUCCGGCUCGGAAGGGGCUCAGCAGAGCUUGCAAGAGGUUUAUCAUCGUAGCAUGACAUUGGACGAAGCCACAACCUCAGCUCUGACUAUUCUAAAGCAGGUGAUGGAGGAAAAAUUGAAUUCCUCCAAUGUCGAAGUCAUGACAAUGACCCCCGAUAAAAUGUUCCAAAUGUUUAGCAAGGAACAGGUAGAAGAGGUAAUUCAAGGAAUAUUCCAUGUAGAGCAUCCUUUGUCCUUAAAUACCACCGGACAGAAAGUUUAAUCCAUCUAACCCCAACCCUGCCGCAUAAUUCAAAGAUUAACCACGUGUGUGUUUAACAUGCUUUUGCUUUUCAUUUGCACUAUUUUCAACUAUAGUUUAUUUCAAAAUAUAUGGCUUUCAUUUUG